AUGGAAGGUGGAGUAUCGGCAGCGGAAUCUCCAGCAACAAUUAAGCCAAUAAAUAAGGCCGUAGUUCACCGAAUCUGCGCUGGUCAAGUGAUCCUAGACCUGUCCUCCGCCGUCAAGGAGCUUGUCGAGAACAGCCUUGACGCGGGAGCCACCAGCAUCGAGAUUGCCUUGAAAGAAUACGGUGAAGAAUCCUUCCAAGUCAUUGACAAUGGCUCUGGCAUUUCACCCCACAAUUUUAAAGUUCUGGCGCUGAAGCAUCAUACUUCGAAGCUAUUGGAUUUUCGCGACCUUCAGUUGUUGACUACUUUUGGAUUUAGAGGGGAGGCAUUAAGUUCGCUAUGUGCUUUAGGGGAUCUGACCGUGGAGACGCGGACCAAAAAUGAGGCUGUUGCUACACACUUGACUUAUGAUCGCUCGGGUGUUCUAACGGGUGAGAGGAAGACUGCUCGUCAAUUUGGCACCACGGUUACUGUCAAGAAGUUGUUUUCCAAUUUGCCAGUGAGGUGCAAAGAGUUCCGGAGGAAUAUCCGUAAGGAAUAUGGAAAACUCAUCACCUUAUUGAAUGCAUAUGCUCUUAUAUCUAAAGGUGUUAGAUUAGUUUGCACCAACACAACUGGUAAAAAUGUUAAGUCUGUAGUGCUUAAAACACAGGGUUGCGGAUCUCUCAGAGACAAUAUUGUCUCAUUGUUUGGUACGGGUACCGUUUCCUGCUUAGAGCCUCUGACGGUUUGUACAUCAGAUGGUUGCACAGUUGAAGGUUUUGUUUCCAAGUCUGGAUAUGGAAGUGGGCGAAGUAUGGGAGAUCGGCAGUUCUUUUUUGUUAAUGGUCGACCAGUUGAUAUGCCAAAAGUCGGCAAGAUUGUGAAUGAGUUAUAUAGAGGUGCAAACUCCAGGCAAUAUCCUAUUGCAAUCAUGAAUUUUACUAUUCCAACUCAAGCAUAUGAUGUCAAUGUGACUCCUGAUAAAAGGAAAAUAUUUUUUGCCGAUGAAGGUUCCAUUUUGCACUCGUUAAGAGAAGCUCUGGAGAAGAUUUACUCACCAAAUCAAGCGAAUUACCAUGUUAAUAGAGUUGAGGAGCUUGAUGAAAAAGAGCAUGCUUGCAAGAUUAACUCCCCAGAUAAGAGCUCUCUGUUGUCACCGAAGCAGUCAUCUCCAGACUGUGGUGUGUCUCGAGAGGAAGCGUGCACUAGUAAACAAUGUGCAAAUAGCAACAUUACUCUCAAAACAGCUGAAUGGGACGACAAAAAUUCACCUAUUGAGGAGGUGACUCAUAGCAGUAGUGUUUGUUCUACUGUAAAAGACUUCACACUUAGAGUUCACAGCUAUAAAAAGAACAGCUUCUCUGCGAGUCCCAGCAAGCAGCCUAUGGAUUUUAGCUAUUCUAAAACUGACGACGUUGCUCCUUCCCCUUCAAGACCUGCACAGAAAGUUAGUACUGAUACUAGCAAGUCACUGGGACGAGCAAGCGUUGUUCAGACCUCACUUAACAAAUUUGUUAUGGUAAAUAAGAGAAAACAUGAAAGUGUCAAUACAGCAUUAUCUGAAGUUCCUCUCCUUAGAAAUGGACCUACUUUCAGUCUAUCAAAUGAAAGCAGCCUUGCAAUGCAUUCUGCACGUUCAAGCUCUCCACUUAAUUGUAUUGAGAUUGAUGCUUCUGAUAAAAUCAACUGCAGUGAACCUCAACCUGCUAAAUUUUCCAGAGUUGACAGUAUCUGCGACAAAGCUGAUACCACAGUUUUGUUUCCUUCAACUUACAAGAAACAAAAUGGAGAAGCCAGCCAGACAAUUGAAACACAGACGCAAAAGGCUGAAGAGAAAGCAUCACUACAUAAUGGUUCACUAGUAAUUUCUCCGGCAAGCACACACUUCCAAAAUGUAUCAGAUGAGUUAUUAGGUGCAUCAACUCCAUUGCAAUCUUCACCUCCAUCUACAGAUUCUCCAGUGGUUCCUCCUGGCCCAGAAGUUGGUUUCAAGUUGCAAUUCAGUAUUAAAGAUUUGAUGACAAGGAGGAAGCAGAGGAUCUCAAGACUUCAACGUGUCAAUCAUACAGCUGGAAGAUUGAAAUUGGAAGGGGGUUUCACAGCAGCCACAUUGGAGCUCUCACAAUCAGUGAAUGAGGGUGGAAAGGCCAGGGCUUUAGCAGCUGCUACGAAUGAGUUGGAAAGACUGUUUAGGAAGGAAGACUUUGCUCGAAUGAAGGUCAUCGGACAGUUCAAUCUCGGAUUUAUCAUUGGCAAGUUAGAUCAGGACCUUUUUAUUGUGGAUCAGCAUGCUGCUGAUGAAAAAUACAAUUAUGAGCGACUGUCACAAUCAACCAUCUUGAACCAGCAACCCUUGCUUUGGCCAUUAGAGAUGGAAUUGUCUCCUGAAGAAGAGAUAGUUAUCUCCAUGCACCUGGAUACCAUCAGGAAAAAUGGAUUUUUGUUGGAAGAAGACUUGCAUGCUCCUCCUGGACGUCGCUUUAAAUUGAAAGCAGUUCCCUUCAGUAAAAAUAUAACUUUUGGGGUUGCAGAUGUGAAGGAACUUAUUUCUAUGCUAUCUGAUAAUCAUGGAGAAUGCUCUAUAAUUGGUAGUUACAGAUCAGACACUGCUGACUCAGUUUGCCCUCCUAGAGUUCGAGCAAUGCUAGCAUCACGUGCCUGCAGGUCAUCUGUUAUGAUUGGAGAUCCACUCGGAAGAAAUGAGAUGCAGAAGAUACUUGAACAUUUGGCUGUCCUCAAGUCUCCUUGGAAUUGUCCACACGGCAGACCAACAAUGCGUCACUUGGUUGAUUUAAAAACUGUACAUAGAGGAAUAGAUGAAGACGAGAUAACCUCGUAA